CUAACUUUUUUAUCUGUUAAAAAUGGCUGUCAUCUGCUCAAAAGUUGUCAAGCGGCAUUUUUGCCAAGCUUUGCAAAAAAGCACAAAAAGUCCAAUAUUUUAUGGACGUGAAAGAAUCUGCAGUAGUGUUUUAACCAAACCUUUAUUUUCUAAUACCUAUAAACAUAAUAUAAUAACCUUCUCCAAUUCUGCAAUAAAUAAACAUUUCGCAAUACCCAAUCAAGUGAAAGCCAUGGGUGCGCUAAGUCCACUAGAUCCUUCUUCAUAUUCAAGGCCAGAAAUAGCAGUUAUAAAACAUAUACAUUUGGUGUGGGAUGUGGAUUUUGACACCAAAGUCCUAUCUGGGAUUGCUGUGCUAAACUUUGAUUUACUGCAACACACUGAUGAAAUAGUUUUAGAUGUGAACAAUCUAACAAUACAUUCCGUAGAACUAUCAGAUGGCUUAAAGUUGAAAUAUACAGUGGACAAACAUGUACCUAACUUUGGAUCUAGAUUAGCUAUCACAUUGCCGCAUUCACACGGACCGCAGGAGCCAAUAGCAAUAAAGGUAAAAUAUCAAACCGCGCCGUCAGCUUCCGCGCUACAAUGGCUGGAACCAAAUCAAACAUCAGGAAAAAAACAUCCAUACAUGUUCAGUCAGUGUCAGCCUAUUCACGCUCGAUCUAUCUUACCAUGCCAAGACACACCGGCGGUGAAAUUUACGUACGACGCUGAAGUAUCCGUCCCCAAGAACUUUAAAGUUCUCAUGAGCGCCAUCAGAGGUGAUAGUAAUAACACCGUGACCAAGUUUUACCAGAAUGUGCCAAUACCUUCGUAUUUACUGGCUAUUGCCGUGGGAGCGUUGGAGUCCAAACAGCUUGGACCUAGAUCUUACGUAUGGUCUGAGAAAGAGGAGAUCGAGCGCAGUGCGUGGGAGUUCGCAGAUACAGAGAAGUAUCUGAAAGCUGCUGAGAGUCUGUGCGGGCCGUACCAGUGGGGGCAGUACGACCUGCUGGUCCUGCCGCCCUCCUUCCCCUACGGCGGCAUGGAGAACCCUUGUCUCACUUUUGUCACACCCACCUUACUGGCUGGGGAUAGAAGUCAAGCGGACGUAAUAGUCCACGAGAUAAUGCACAGUUGGACAGGCAAUCUGGUCACCAAUAAGAACUUUGAGCACUUCUGGUUGAACGAGGGGUUCACCGUGUUCCUGGAGAGGAAGGUGGGCGCCUCCCUGAUCGCGGACCCCGCGGAGGCCAAGCGUAGUCGCGACUUUCAUAGCUUACUCGGACUACAAGAACUCACUGAAACUAUAAAUGAAGAAUUUGGACCAACUAAUCCAUUAACACGUUUGGUGCCGGACCUAAAUGGAGUCCAUCCGGACGACGCGUUCUCACGAGUCCCAUAUGAAAAGGGAUCACUCUUUCUACGUUAUUUAGAAGACCUUGUAGGAGGACCUGAAGUCUUUGACGAAUUCCUCAGAUCGUAUUUGAAUUAUUACCAGAGGCGUUCGCUGGAAACGAAAGAGUUCAAGGAAUAUUUGCUGGAUUACUUCAGUGGUAACAAUAAGUUGAGCAACGUCGACUGGGACGCUUGGUUCUUCCAUAAUGGCAUGCCUCCUGUCAUACCCAAUUACGACACGUCAAUGACGAAAGCGGUUACAGCACUAGCGACAAAGAUCACAGAAAGUGGAAACAUUUCGCCUGAUGAUAUAAAAGGCUUCACACCGCAUCAGUUAAUCAAUUUACUGCAAGAGCUUGUUGAAAGAAAUGCAAUGACCGUUGAAAAGCUGCACGCUCUCAAUGACGCUUAUAAAAUCAGCGACAGCAAGAAUUCCGAGAUCCAAUACAGAUGGAUGAGAUUGUGCGUAAGAAGUAAAGACUCAACUAAACUGGAAGAUGUGUUCAAUUUCCUGAACCAUCAGGGACGUAUGAAAUUUGUACGACCAAUAUACAGAGACCUCUAUGCUUGGGAGGAAGUUAGGCAAAAGGCCAUAGAUAAUUUCCUUCAACAUGAGCCCUAUAUGAUGCAUGUCUCUGCCUAUACCCUUAGGAAGGACUUGCAUCUCAGUGAAUAAUGUUAGCGUAAGAUAUGUUAUACUGUACCCGGAUUACAAAAUUGUGUCUUAUUGAAAAAAAACAUACUUUAGUAUGGAAUCCCAUUGAUAUUGUUUAUGUAAUAUAUUUAUCAAUUGUAAGGUGUCAGUAAAUUAUUUAUUCACUGUUUAAUAAAUGCAUUUG